AUGACGAAAUAUAUUUCAGUCAACAAGUACAUGACAGAAGUCAAAGAAGAACUAGACCCAUUCGCUUAUUUGAAUGUUUACUUCUACCAUUUUGAAAAGUCUACAUUUGACAAAGUUUGGAACAUCGAACCAGUUAAGUUUGCUAUUGUGACUAAAAAUGGUGCGAAAUUUGAAGACUUAGACAUAGAAGGUUUGUUAGCAGUCAAAGAAAAUUUUGACAGAAGGUUUUCAAACCUUAAAGAAGGCAAAGCAUACAAACUUGUUAUACCUUAUGAACCAAAGAAAGCAGACGACUAUGAAUAUUAUGAGUCUAAGAUAGUUGAAGUUCAAG